AUGUACAAAGCUGUUUCUAGAUUCAAACAACACCAGCUAGCACAAACUCUUAUCAAGGCUAUUUCUCUUCAAAAAUUCACAAAUUCCUUAAACCCCACAGAAAUUCCAACUGUUCAUAUUACCGUGUACAUUAGUAAUCAUACUAUAGUAGAUAAUCGUGGAAAGUUGCGCAAUUUAGCAAAUAACAUUUAUGAGCAAGACCUCAAGGCUUCGUUUAGAAAGGAUUAUGACGCCAAGUUUGAGACUAGUAUUGAAAACUUUUGCGGAAUUUCAGGAUAUAAAAUCAGAAUUGACAAUGAAGGACUGAUGGAUACUAGAGCUAAAUUAGUAAGGCCUGCUUACUUUUCUGAAUCUAAAGUGGGGCAAGCUUAUGAGGUGCUCACAGGGUGA